CAGUUUGAACCGAUCAGACAAAGGCAGCAGGAAGCCCCACAGCUCGGCAAUGCGUGCGAGCUGAGCACAAAUACUAAACGAAACGAAAACCUCCUCUUUUAAACCUCGCGGAGUCUUAUCGACGCUCCAAUAUUUCUGUAUUUCUUUCACGGCGACUGUUUGGAAUAGUUUCGAGGGCUUUUUGAAAAUGUACGACCGUCUAGAUCCUCGCGUCGACCGAGGGCGUUUGUCUGAACACAAAAUGGGUAGCGUUGCCUGACUGCCCGCGCGCGCUUCGCCCGUUGGCGUUGGGCUUUCGUUGGGAGGUUUUUUGGCUUUUUGCAUUUGAAUCCUACUGCGCAACCAGACGGAUCACGUGGGACGUGGAGUUGAUCGAUUUGCACAGUUAAAUGUGAAAAAGAGAACGGGAGAACGGCUGGGAAAAUAGCCGUUUUUUCCCCGGAUAAGGGACUACGCUUCGCGAAGGGGGAGAAGAGAGGUGGGCUUGCCGAAGUAGGCUAUUUUUUUAUUCGGACGUAAGAUGGAGACGCACGUCUCGUGCCUCUUCCCCGAGAUUCUAGCCAUGAUUUUCAGCUACUUGGACGUCAGGGACAAAGGCAGGGUGGCACAAGUGUGUACGGCGUGGAGAGACGCCUCUUACCACAAAUCGGUGUGGCGGGGGGUGGAAGCCAAGCUGCAUCUGCGCAGGGCCAACCCGUCGCUCUUCCCCAGCCUUCAGGCCCGCGGCAUCCGGCGGGUGCAGAUUCUGAGCCUGCGGCGUAGCCUGAGCUACGUGAUACAGGGGAUGCCUAACAUCGAGAGCCUCAACCUCAGCGGCUGCUACAACUUAACGGAUAACGGCCUGGGGCACGCGUUCGUGCAGGAGAUCCCGUCCCUGCGGGUGCUCAACCUAAGUCUGUGCAAGCAGAUCACGGACUCGAGCCUGGGCCGCAUCGCGCAGUACCUGAAGAACCUGGAGGUGCUCGAGCUCGGCGGCUGUAGCAACAUCACCAACACCGGGCUACUGCUGAUCGCGUGGGGGCUGCACCGGCUCAAGAGCCUCAACCUGCGCUCGUGCCGGCACGUGUCUGACGUGGGCAUCGGGCACCUCGCGGGCAUGACCCGCAGCGCCGCAGAAGGCUGUCUGAGUCUCGAGCACCUCACGCUGCAGGACUGCCAGAAGCUCACGGACCUGUCGCUCAAGCACAUCUCCAAGGGCCUCACGCGGCUCCGCGUGCUCAACCUGAGCUUCUGCGGAGGCAUCUCCGACGCUGGCAUGAUCCACCUCUCGCACAUGACCAGCCUGUGGACGCUCAACCUGCGCUCGUGCGACAACAUCAGUGACACUGGCAUCAUGCACCUCGCCAUGGGCACGCUCAGGCUCUCCGGCCUCGACGUGUCAUUUUGCGACAAGAUCGGCGACCAGAGUCUGGCUUAUAUCGCACAGGGCCUGUACCAGCUCAAGUCGCUAUCUCUCUGCUCGUGCCACAUCAGUGACGAUGGCAUCAACCGGAUGGUACGCCAGAUGCACGAGCUACGGACCCUGAACAUCGGCCAGUGUGUGCGGAUAACGGACAAAGGACUGGAGCUCAUAGCGGAUCACUUAACGCAACUGACAGGCAUCGAUCUGUAUGGAUGUACUAAAAUCACUAAGCGCGGACUCGAGAGGAUCACGCAGCUUCCGUACCUUAAAGUGUUGAACCUGGGCCUGUGGCAGAUGACCGAGAGCGAGAAAGCGAGGUGAAACUUGGGGAGGUUUUA